AUGGCAGACCGACGUAAAGGUGGAAGAAAAAAAACCACUGAUGGGAAUCAAAAGUUGACGAAAGAGGAAGAUACUAUUGCGCGUUACGUUCGAUUCAAUUGUCCAACAAAAACAACGAUGUUUGAAGGCAAUGAAGUACAUUAUUUUACUGGUACAAAAGCAGUUGAUACAUUGUAUGAAUCCAAGAAAUAUGGUCAUGCAGCGAAAAAUGUGAAAUUCACUACACGUCAAGCAGCUGUCCUAUUUAUGCGGUCACUUCUGGAAAAAGGUCUAUUUUUCCGAGCAAGGAAGCUAGUUCCAAAGAAAAAGGACGAUAAGAAGGAUCAAAAAGAAAGAGGAGUCGAUGUGAGCAAAUCACCAAGAAAAAAAUCAAGUAAAAACGAUCAAGCUGAAAGAGAAAAAGAAAAGGAAAGAGAGAAACAUAAGGAAGAAAAGAAAGAAGAAAGUGAUGAUAACGACGAAGAGAAUGGAAAGGAAAAAGACAAGAAGAAAGAAGAGGAAGAGAAGAAAAAGCGUAAAAUUAAAUUAGAGCUUCAUCAAGAACAGUCAUUUAAUGAUGCAAACGAUGUGUAUGUUUGGAUUUUCGAUCCAACACCUUUAUACAAGAAAAUUAUUGGUGCUCUUAUGGUACUGGGUACCAUUGCGGGUUGUUUAUUCCCUCUUUGGCCGAUGUGGUUACGUCAAGGCGUUUAUUAUUUAUCAGUUUGUGGAUUAGCUUGCUUUGGAUUGCUCAUUGGUGUUGCAGUAGCUCGGACGAUAUUAUUUGCCAUAAUCUGGGCAGUGACAAUGGGCAAACAUAAAUUGUGGUUAUUACCUAAUUUAACGGAAGAUUGUGGCUUCUUUGAAUCAUUCCAACCUUGGUAUACUUACGAGUAUUGCUCAAGUGGUAACGCUGCAAGUAGUAAGAAAAAAAAACGUGAUGGGAAGAAAAAAUCAGGCAACGAAGAACCUUUGGUGAGUGAAAAAGAGAUGAAGAGUGGUGAUAGUAGCAGUCAGGCAACUGAAAUAAAUAAAAAAGUCGGCGAAGAAAAGCAGUCCCGAAGAAAAGAAAGUGGAGAUGAAAAUGCUGAUUUAGGCAAUGGUAAUGAAAAUGAUGAAACAGAUGAAGAAGGGGAUACUACUUCGGAUUCGGAUGGUCGAAGCAGUCAGGAAACGAAUGGUUCAUUAAAUAAUGGCGCUGAUACUGGAAGUGGCGGUAAUGGUAGUGAUGACCCUAAGAUACGGUUAAGACGACGUGCUAGGAAAGCAGAUGAUGAUUUCGUACUUGUUCAUAAAUGA